ACCUACAGCAUCACCUCACUGGGACUCUAUCUUCACCCGGUGGUGGUCGUCACUCUGGUAGUAACACAAAAACUAGAAGAAAGAAGAACGGACGGCCUCUCAAGAUGGAAACCGUAACACCGAGCGAUACGCCAUUCCAGGCACUCAUGCAGUCUUUCACCUUGAUCCUCGUCUCCGAGAUCGGCGACAAGACCUUCCUCAUCGCCGCCAUCAUGGCUACGAGACAUCCACGGUUGACAGUCUUCUCUGGAGCGUUUGCGAGCUUGUUGGUAAUGAGCGUGUUGAGCGCUGCGAUGGGCAAGGUCAUCUUGGGGUUGAUCCCAGCAAGAUAUACCCAAUUCGUCGCCGCCUUCCUCUUCCUCGUAUUCGGCAUCCGAAUGAUCCAAGAAGGCCUGUCUAUCCCUGCGGGCAACUCCCACAUUCAAGAAGAAAUGCGUGAAGUGGAAGACGAGCUCGAAGAAGAAGAAGGCAUGAUGGAUUUCCACGGACGACGAGAAGCUUUAGAGAUGGAAGAAGGAUCUCAUUCUUCCUCGUCUGCGCCAAAAAAGGGACCUACGAUCCACACUCACCCUCUCUCCGGACCUCGGAGAUCGAAAACUCCUUCUUCAUCGCCGAAAACGUUGAAAGAGAGGAUCACGGCGGCAGAUUUGAAGAACCGGACGAGGAACUUUUGUUCCCUCUUCUUCUCGCCCGUUUUCGCUCAGGCUUUCAUUCUCACGUUUUUGGGUGAAUGGGGGGAUCGGAGUCAGAUUGCAACGAUCGCUUUGGCUGGAGCGAACAGCGUGUCGAUCGUCGCGUUCGGUACGAUCGUAGGGCAUGCAGUGUGUACCGCAGGGGCCGUCAUCGGGGGUCGUCUUCUCUCUACCAGGAUCAGCGUUCGACAUAUCACCUUGAUCGGAGCAGCGGCGUUCUUGUUCUUCGCCGGGGUCUACUUUUACGAGGGGUGGUACGGAGAUUCAGGGAUCGUCGCUUGAUCUAGCCCAUCUCUCUUUCCCUUCCUCCCGCGAUCACGACACGACGAAGGGCGAGGCUAUGGUCGGCGCGAGGCAAGGUAGACAGAUAGAUGGGAGGGCGUGCAUGUAUCUCAUGACCCAAAGCAUUUUCAGCAUUCAACAUCAUUUAGGCCGAGAUGUUGCACACGAUCUCUGAACUUGAAGGCUGGGUAGACGUAACGUAACCCAUCAUCAUUUUGAUCGUGCAGAAAGGGCGCAGAGUCUCGGCUCUAACCCGAAUUGCAUCUGAUCACGGGGUGAUUCAGCUUAUCAGAUUGUAUAUAUAUCUAGGUACUUAACAAUCGAUGUUCCUACCUGCACC